UUUUUAUUCUAUUUUCCUUCAUUUUAUAUGAGUUCAAAGAAAAAGUGCCCAAAACGGAAAAGUUAUGAAAAGCAAGAUGCAGCUACUUUUCUAUCUAAUAUUUCACUUGGUAGCGAAAAUGAUCUUUAUUCAAAUGACGGUAGCCUUUUUUAUAUUUAUAAAGAAAAGGGAGGAGGAGAAGGUUAAUUCUUUCGUAGCUUUACAGUCCACUUUGAAUGAUAAGCCGACUUCAUUUCAUGAACAAAGAAAAAUGCAUAAUAGUAGCAGUAAUAGUAGUAUUACUAGUAACAGCACCAACAUAAGUAACCAAUCUUCAUCAAGCAAUCAAAGUAAUGGAGCAGCACUAUAUAAACUCACAGAUGAUGAUAAUCAACGCUUAAUUGCUUCAGAAAAAGUGAAAAGGAAGUCAGACCCAUUUCGACAUAAAGUAUGCGUCCUUUUUUUUUUAAAAAAAAAAUAAUAAUCCAUAAUUCACACGUCGCGUGAUAUCGCAUUUUUUUUAUAGCCAGAUUCAGGUCGUAGAUUCGCGUCUUUAUUUCG